CUCCAUCAGAAUCAAUUUUCUGGCCUUCUUCCAGAAUGUAUUGGCAACUUGACCAACCUUCAAGUCCUUGAGUCAUCGUCCCAAUGUAAUAGUCGUCCUAUUAAUGAGAUUGUACAGAUGGGUGAGGUGGACGUUGUAGAUGCUGGCCGCGAAGAAAGUGUGGCUCUUUCUCCUAGCGAUGGCAGGCGCCACUGCCCUUUUGUCAACUCCCAAUCCGAGGAUCCCCUUGCAUCUUUUCCAGUUUUUGGGCCUGAUACAGAGAACCUCGUGUUGUCUCCACUUAACCUUGGAAAUUUAGAAUGCUGCAGCCUGAAUCAUAGCCCAACCUCCUCCUUGUCUUUGGAACCAAAUCCUCUAGCCCUUGUUCCCUACAAAAACCCAACCCAUAUUCCCCCUACAACCUGGUCUAAGAAGUUGCUUCAGCUUUCUGGGAUUUCCAAACAAAGAAGGAAAUGUAAAUGAUCAAUGAUCUAAUGGAAUCUUGCCCCAAGUUGUAUGAAGGGGGUAAAAGAAGAAAGGAGAGGAAGACUAUUCAGAAAAAGCAAUUGAAGGAUCGAACAUCUCCAGAUCACUCCAGAGCUUAAACCAGGACCUGCAAACUGGGAAACUAAUCAGGAAGGGGCUUAAGCAAGGGCAAUUUCCCGUUGGACCUGGAUAUCCCUUCUACGCCUCAUUGCGCCAAAAAGGUGAUAAAUGUUUUUCAGCUUAGGGGUUGUGCUUUACCAGUCUUGUGUCAAGGAAUCAUCUGGAAGUCAGUCACCUCACCACUCCUUUGAUGAUUCAGAAGCAUCUAGGUGUCUUGUUCGACAAGUAAUUAAAGAGAGUUUGACCAAGUUGGAUGAGAUGCCUGUUGCUUCUGAAAGGUCCAUUAGAUGGGAACUGGGUUCAUGUUGGAUGCAACAUCUGCAAAAGCAGGAAACUCCAUCAGAUACUGAUUCUAAACACUCUGAGGAGGAUACUGAGACUGAGCAUGCUGUAAAAGGUCUUGGAAAGGAAUUUAAGUUCUUGAAGAAGAGGGAUAAAAAAACUAGUAUGAAUGGCACCCUUGAGAAGGAAGAAACUAAAACUGGCCCCUGCAGACUAAAUGUGGGAACUGAUGAAGGACAGCAUAGCAAUGGAGAUUCCAACAGUGAGAAUGAAUUGAAGGAAUUGAUUUCUGAAGAAGCCUUCUUCCGUCUGAAAGAAUCUGGAACUGGCCUUCAUUUAAAGUCAGUGGAUGAGCUUAUUCAAAUGGCAUAUGGAUAUUAUAAUGAAAUUGCUUUGCCAAAGCUGGUAACAGCCUUUGGCUCGCUAGAACUUUCCCCUGUUGAUGGACAUACACUGACUGACUUCACGCAUUUAAGGGGACUACAGAUGCGCUCUCUGGGCCGGGUGGUCGAACUGGCAGAGAAGCUUCCUCAUAUACAAUCACUUCGUAUCCAUGAGAUGGUUACUAGAGCUUUCAAGCACAUAGUGAAAGCAGUUAUUGCAUCUGUGGAGAAUGUAGCAGACCUAUCUGCAGCCGUAGCUUCAUCCCUAAAUUUCUUACUUGGAUCAUGUAAUAUGGAAGAUAAUGACCAAAAUAUGAAGGAUGAUUAUAUUCUCAAAUUGCAUUGGUUACAAACGUUUCUUUCUAGAAGAUUUGGUUGGACAUUAAAAGAUGAGUUUCUCCACUUGAGAAAGUUAUCAAUUCUUCGAGGACUUUGCCAUGAGGUGGGGCUGGAGUUAGUUCCAAGAGAUUAUGAUAUGGAAUGCCCAAACCCUUUCAGGAAAUUUGACAUCAUCAGCAUGGUUCCUGUGUGUAAGCAUGUAGGAUGCUCUUCAGCAGACGGACGAAAUUUAUUGGAGUCAUCCAAGAUUUCUCUUGAUAAAGGAAAGCUGGAGGAUGCUGUUAAUUAUGGAACAAAGGCACUAGCAAAGAUGAUAGCUGUAUGUGGUCCCUAUCAUCGGACUACUGCAAAUGCUUAUAGUCUUCUAGCUGUAGUUCUUUACCACACUGGAGACUUUGAUCAGGCAACUAUAUAUCAGCAAAAGGCUUUGGAUAUUAAUGAGAGGGAACUUGGGCUUGACCAUCCAGAUACAAUGAAAAGCUAUGGAGAUCUUUCUGUGUUUUAUUAUCGUCUUCAACAUAUUGAGUUGGCUUUGAAAUAUGUGAACCGUGCUUUGUUCCUUCUUCAUUUUACCUGUGGACUGUCUCAUCCUAAUACUGGCUACAUCAACGUGGCUAUGAUGGAAGAGGGCAUGGGAAAUGUUCAUGUUGCUCUUAGAUUUCUGCAUGAAGCUCUAAAGUGCAAUCAGGGAUUAUUAGGAGUGGAUCACAUGCAGACAGCUGCAAGCUACCAUGCGAUAGCCAUAGCUCUGUCAUUGAUGGAAGCAUAUUCGCUCAGUGUUCAGCAUGAGCAAACUGCACUAAAGAUACUUCAAGCAAAACUUGGACCAGAGGAUCUUCGUACUCAGGGUGCUGCUGCAUGGCUUGAAUACUUUGAAUCCAAGGCUCUAGAGCAGCAAGAAGCAGCACGAAAUGGAACUCCAAAGCCAGAUGCAUCUAUUGCAAGCAAAGGUCACCUUAGUGUAUCAGACCUCUUGGAUUACAUCAGUCCUGAUCAAGAUUCUAGAGGAAGUGAUGCACAGAAGAAACAGCAGCGUGUGAAGGCAUUGCAGAUCAAUGAUAAAGCCCCUCAAGGCCAUCAAAAUGAAAUGGUUGAAGAUGCCAUGCUCCAUGAAAGAUUGGAAAAUGCAAUGUCUUUGGCCAGUGGCAACAAAGAAGUAACGGUAGACAUGGUUCAAUAUGAAAAAUCAGAAGAAAAAGAUAAUGUUGUUAUAUACAGGCCCACAGUUGCAGUUGAAGUUGUUGAAGAAACAGCAUCAGAUGAAGGUUGGCUAGAAGCCAAUCCAAAAGGGAGGUUGGGGAAUGCUGCUGGCAGGAAAUCAGGUCGUAGGCGACCUGCUCUUGCAAAGCUGAAUAUAAAUGGUUCUGAAUACUGAAAUAUCAGAGAAAGCAGCUGCAGGAGGGAAAUCAUUUCGCCAGCUCAAAAAACAAUUCCCCGGACAUUAUCAGCAACAAAGCAAUCAAAUACACGUGGGUUGAGUGUUGUGGAGGAUUCAAUUAAACUGCAGGCAAAAUCUUGUGUGCCUAAAACGUCAUGUUCUUCAGCAAACCUCUCUGCUAUGGCUUCUAAAUCUGUAUCUUACAAAGAAGUGGCUGUUGCACCGCCAGGUACAGUUUUGAAGCCAUUAAUGGAGCCAGUAGAAGAAUCAAAUGAGAAAGAACCUGAAACCCAGACAUGCAGCAUUACAAAUGAGACAUCAAUGGAGGAAAUCAAUACUACUUCUGUUGUUGAUAAUGUACCAGAUGAUGGUGAAACAGUUGAAAAUCAUGAUCAUGGAACUCAAUCAGAAAAAUCUAGAUCUGAACAUGAUGAGAUUCCUAUUUCUAAUCAGGAAAGGUCAGAUGAAACAAAUGGAAGUAAGCUUUCUGCUGCAGCUGAACCAUUCAAUCCAGGAGCACUCUCUGUAGUUCACACAUUAAACUCGGUUUCUGGGACAAGCAUUUAUGAUGUAAGAGCUAGUCAAAGCAUGCUUGCAGAGCCAGGGGCGCCUCCACUUGCUGCUAGAGUUUCUUGUGGACCUAGAUCACCACUGUACUAUAGAAAUGCAAUAUCAUACCGCAUGAAACAAGGUUUGCUGAAAUAUCAAACUCCCAUGACAAUGCCUUCUAGGAGCAUGAAUUCACAUGCACCUGAGUUUGUACCCAGGAAAGCUUGGCAAACAAAUCCUGGAAAUAGAGAUUUAAGUGUUCCAAAUGAGUCAAACUCUAUGCUAGAAAAGAGCAAGGCAGAACAGGAGUUAUUAGACGAGGAAUCCAGCAAUAGAGUCAAAGAUGGUAGUCCAAGAAAGACCAGCUGUGAGUUUGAGAAGGCGGAACUUGCAAGGCAGAUAAUUCUAAGCUUUAUUGUGAAUUCAGUUCAGCACAAUGUUGAUUCUGGAAGUAAGCCUGUACCCAGCGAGAAGAAGUUUGAAAGUUCUUCGGAUGCAAUUGCCAAUGACAGUGCAAUUAUAAAAGUCCUCUAUGGAGACGAAGAAAAGACAGACCAGGUUACUCAGUCAAAUGAACAUGAGCAGUCAAAAGCAAUAGAUGUAAAUAAUAAGAAAAAUGAUGAUGGUGAAGGUUUUAUUGUUGUAAGAAAGCGGAGAAGAAACAGGCAGUUCACAAAUGGGGUGACCGGGUUGUACAAUCAACAAUCAAUCUGUGCUUCUGUUCGUUGAAGAUAGAGAAAGAGAGAAAAAAAAAAAAAGAGGAAGAAGAAGAAGAAGAAGCAUAUGUGAAAAAAAAGGUCGUCCUUGUUAUGCUGUUCUUGUGAUCUGACAAAGCUCUUCGCAUCACCUUAUUACACAAUAGAAAAGAUUGAAGGACAAUGCAGAAGUGAAGUUCUUAUCAUAAUUUGUAUUUAAUUUUAUUGGUUUUCAUUCCAUCUGAGUACAUUGUAAUAAUCUCUGUAAAAAUCUCAAUUUUCUCUUGUUCAGAGAUUUUGUUUGAUCAAUAAAAGGCUAAUCGCCAAGUUCCAUGA